CGCAAUGUGGUGUACAAAUGAGAGGUAUAUUUUUUAGUGUAAGUUUAGGAUGCUCUUGCGGAAAUUCAACCUGAUCCCUCCCCUUCUCUGCCGAACGAACCACACAACCCAAAAAAAAAUCAACCUUAUCCCUCCCCUCCUCUGCCGAACCAACCACAGAACCCAAAAAAAAAAAAAAAGUGCAAUUCCAGCUAAGGCUUGGGUGGGAGAGAGACGCGGCCAGCCCGACGAGAGACGCCGGCGAGAAGAAGGAAUCAGAGUCAGCUACUCCGUUUUGUAUGGAGCCAUGGAGCAAAUAGGUGUGAUCCGGUAUGGGCGAGCGAAGAAUAUGCCAAAGUGAUCUUAAAGUGUCAUAGACCACCUUGUGUAAUAGAGAUUUUACAAUAUUAUGGAUUUUAUGAGGUGGAGAAAGUGGGUGGAUUACAAUUGGAUUGGGAUUUGAUUACUUCUUUAGUGGAGAGAUGGAGACCCGAGAUCAUUCAUUCCAUUUUCCCUUUGGAGAGGUGGGAAUUACGUUGCAAGAUGUUGAGGUUUUGCUUGGAUUGCCCGUAGAUGGCAUUCCAUUGGCAGGGAUCACUGGUCGAUCAAAGGAUCAGUGGAUUCAGAUAUGUGACGACAUGAUGAGAUUUAUACCUGAAGCAUAUGACAUUACAUCUUCUAUGGUUAAGAUGUCUGCAAUUGUUUCGAAGGCGUUGACAGAUCAUAGUGUAGACGUUGAUUACCUUCAACAUGCUAGAGCUAUUAUGUUUAAGUUGUUGGGUGGUAACUUAUUUCCGAACACGACGGGAAAUAAUGUUAGUUUGUAUCUAUUGGAGGUAAUCAUGGGUGACUUUGUGGUGGUGCAGGGUCGUGUCAUUGGUUUUGCGGUUCUUAGUUUCUUGUAUCGUAGUAUGUGUCGUGCUAGCAUGACACAUGUAGCACAGAUUGGAGGGUGUCUUAUCCUGUUACAGCUUUGGACAUGGGAACAUCUGCCUAUGACUAGACCUAGGGGCAUUGUACCAUUGGAGCAGCUGGUUAAUGUCCCAUGUGCAGUCAGAUGGGUGUGUUACCAUCGGUGGUCAGAUUGUACGACACACUCCUUACGAGCAUUCAGGGACCAGUUAGAUAGGUUGCUCGAGGGAGAGGUAAUAUGUAUGUAGUUUGUUUGGAUGCCGUAUACGAAUCUCGAUACCCUACCAAUCUUUUGUUCAGCCAGACUCCGAAUAUGGAUAUCACGCAUCCCUUUGAUCUAUGGUUAUGUUGUCGAGAUGUACUACCCGGAUCGGAUUUACAGACAGUUUGGUGCCCGCCAACGCGUUCCUCUCGAUGUUGUGUAUGAUCGACACCUACAUAAUAUUAAGUCGAACACUAUAGAGCUUGCUGAUAGUGAGAGAUAUUAUUUAGAUGUAUGGGAGGGACGUUAUGCUGCACAUGUACCGAUAGAAUUUGGGAUGCUGGAUGCCAGAGUAUCGUCAGUGGUAUUACCUCCGCGAUCGAAAACUGAUAAAAAACCCCUCACAUCAGCAUGGAACAAGCUACGUCCUCAAAAAUCAAGAAGCUUACAACUGGCUUAGUGCCAUUCCAACACACAUGUGGGCGUUGUCACAUGAUGAAGGUGGCGCACGUUAUGGCAUAAUGACCACGAAUUCGUCAGAUUGCUUCAAUAAUGUCCUUAAGGGAUGUCAAUGUUUGCGCGUCUAUGCCAUUGUGAAGUUCACCUAUGAUAAAUUGGUCAAACUUUUUGCUGAGCGGCGAACAAAUGGAUAUGUAUGGCAGCAAUCCAGUUACAAAUUUCUAUGAAUGUAUGUAAACAUAUUAGAAAAAAUGAAGAAAAUAGGCUUUACUAUCGUGUUGUGCAGCACCACGCACAAUAAGGGAUAUACUCUGUGGUGGUGGAUGGGUCGUCCAACAUUGCUCAGCGGGAGACAUUUACGGUGAACUUAAGUUCACGAACAUGUAGUUGUGGUCAAUGGGUAACAUUUUACAUCCUGUGCAGUCAUUACUGAGAGUGUCAGCGGGGAUCAUUUGAUUCUGAAUGUUUUUUUCAAUUCAGUCUUAUAUCAACGCUUACUCUGGCAUCAUAGUGCCGCUUCCAAAUGAGCCUGAAUGGACUACAGUACCAACGCCGCGACAAAGCACAUGAACCGGCCGACCUACGAGAACCCGCUAUCCGAAUAACAUGGACUAUCGACCACGGAAACAUCGCAACGAGGAAUAGCUAUGUCAUGAAUUUAAGUUGUGUUUGAGUUUAUGUACUGUAUUAUUAAACUCCCAAAAUAAGUUAGUCAUGGAUUGUGUUUUGUAAUCUUAUUUUUAUGAAUAAAUUUUUAUAUGUACUACUCUAUCAAUAAAUUUAUUGUAUUUUU